GCACAAGUUUCACUCUUCAUGGGUUUUGGCAUGAAGGGAUGAUGAAGUGUCUUCUUUGGUCCAUUCCGUGCGCUUACUUGCCUUGCAAAAUGGAUCCUCACGAUGAUGCUUCUAGAAAGCUUAUCAAGCUCUCAAACUCAAGACUUGCAAAUCCACUGCUCCAGCUUCUAUGCCCAAGUCCAGGUUUUUUCUACUUCUGGUUUCUUCAACUCUCUACCAUGGGUGUGAAUGAAAAACUUUUACACCUACACAAUCAAAAUAAAGCUCGACAUUCCUUGGCUGUAUCCAGACAUGCUUUGUGUGAUCUAUCCAAUGUUUCUCCAGUGGUGUUCCUCUACCUCUUAAAGGAAUGCUAUGUCUAUGGAACAUGCAAGGCGACUGCCAAGUUUCGAGUUCUGCAACAGCGAGCGUAUGGGUUUUUGUCCAAUGAUCCUCAACCUGGAGCAGCCAUCUUUGUUGCUCAGUGCCUGUACGUGUUGCCUAUAUUUGAGUCAUACUGUGAAGGAUUUAGUCAUUUGAUAAUAUCUGCUCUUCGUCAUGUCCUGAAAGCGGGAAAUGGUGUGAAAGGUAUAUCCAAAGCUAAACUUAUGGCUGCCAAAUUAUUUCUUGCCAUUGUUGAUGGCACUCUGCAUCAUGAAGAAAGAAUCCUAGUCAAAAUCCUUGAAGUUUUUGAUGUAAGUCUGUCAAACAUAGAAAAAGCUAUGUAUGAUACAAAUGAGAAGGGUCACGCAUGCCAGAUGGCUAAGGUAUUGGUUGAACAAUAUAUUUCUAGGUUAGUAGAAUCCCAGUCUUACAUGACUGCAGUUUCUUUGUUGGAACACUUUUCUAUCCGGGAAUCUGGCGAAUCUUUUCUACUUAAAAUGUUGGAAAGCAAAGAAUACAGAGCGGCAGAAAAGUGGGCAACUUUUAUGGGGAAGCCAGUCUUAUGCACCCUUGUCCAAGAAUAUGUCGAUAGAAAACUGCAAAAGCACACGUUUGAUGUUGUAAGGCAAAACAAUCUUCGGGAGGAAUUCCCAGAAAUAUAUCAUCAAUACAAAGAAAGCAAACUGAAGAAGCUAGCAGAAAAAGGUUGCUGGGACGUUGCUGAGGCAAGGGUAUAUGAUGAUCGACAACUUCUUGAAUACUUGGUAUAUCUGGCUAUGGAAGCUGGUUACAUGGAGAAGGUCGAGGAACUCUGUGAACGGUAUUCCCUUGAAGGUUUCAUAAAUGUCAAAGAGGCAGGUUUUCCAAAAGACCGAUACUUGCAGCUUGAUGAAUUGUCAAUAAAGGAAGUAGUCUGGGUAGAUGAAGCGAAUAGCUUGCUUGAUGCUACUCGCCACAUUGAAGAAUGUAAAGUUGUGGGUGUUGAUUGUGAGUGGAAGCCUAAUUACGAAAAAGGAAGCUCAUCUAAUAAGGUUUCCAUCAUGCAGAUUGCUUCUGACAACAAAGCUUAUAUACUUGAUCUAAUAAAGUUAUAUGAAGAUGCUCCGGAUGUAUUGGAUGACUGCUUAACACGCAUCUUGCAUUCUACAAGAGUACUGAAGCUUGGUUACAACUUCCAGUGUGACAUGAAGCAGCUUGCUCAAUCUUAUGGACAGUUGCAAUGCUUCAAGCACUAUGACAUGCUACUCGAUAUCCAGAAUGUGUUCAAAGAACCAAGAGGUGGUCUCUCUGGUCUUGCAAAGAAAAUACUGGGUACUGGAUUGAACAAAACAAGAAGGAAUAGCAACUGGGAGCAACGGCCUUUAACUCAGUUUCAGCUAGAAUAUGCUGCUCUUGAUGCUGCUGUUCUUAUUCACAUAUUUCGUCAUGUUCGUGGCUACACACAAUCUGCUGGUGACGGGGAUGGGCAUUCUAAAUUUGAGUGGAAGUCUCACAUUGUUUCCCACAUUGAUAAUUCGAAGAUUUCCAAAAAAGAAGCUAAAAGACGAAAGGGCAAAACUGAUAAAGCUCGACAAAGCAUCGAGAAUAAGGAGCCUACUGAACAAACUUAAAUUUAAAGCUAGGAAACAAAGUUAUGUACACUUAAGUUUUACUCACAUGCAAGUAUUUUCCUUCUAAGAGACACAUUUACAGCUUAAAGCCUUAAACUGUUGCAGGUUUUUGGUAUAUAUAGAACACAUAGCAUUGGUAGGAAAUACUUCUUGGGAAAGUUUCAGUUACUAAUUUGGAGUAAUUGAUAGCUUGCGUAGGGAUGGCAAUAUGAUAUGGCGGGUAAGGCAGGGUGAAGCUUAUUUUUUGAAAAAAUCAAAUGGGGCAGGGGCGGUGGCAGGUCAGGACUGCUGGCAAUUUUUUGUUCUUUUUCACCAAUAUACUGAUCAGUAAGUACUAGUUUAUUUAUCUCCAGUGUAGAGGAAAUUGAUUUGUGCCAGCUUAUUUGGCUUUUCUUGACAA